GCUCCUGACCCUUUGGGAUUGAAUUGAAGAACACGCAAAUUGCUCCCACCCAAGAGGUUGUAGAGUCUGGCGGUGUAGGUGAUCCUGAACUCAAUUGGCUAAAACUUGACAACGGACAGAAAAUUAUUGAAAUCUCUCAAUUCAGAUUCCCGCCUCCUUCCUGAAGUCUAUGUCUGGUGCAAUGGUUUAUAUAACUGAGUGGGACAAGUUUGUGGAGAGAUCCAUUGAGUUGUUCCGUGCAGAUCCUGAUUCUACACGGUAUGCAAUGAAGUACAGGCACUGUGAUGGCAAGUUGGUACUCAAGGUCACUGAUAACCGAGAGUGUCUAAAGUAUAAGACAGAUCAAGCACAAGAGGCUAAGAAGAUGGAAAAACUGAAUAAUAUAUUCUUUGCUUUGAUGGCUCGUGGUCCUGAUGUUGAUAUAUCAGAAGUCACAGGAAAAGAGCAAAUGGAUGUAAACCCAACCAAGAAAGGACGAGGAAGGAAGCAAUAACUUGGCCUUAUGCUUGGCCAGAUGGUUUAAUGAAUUGUAGGAACAAAAAAUUUGAACAGUUUUUUUUCCCUACCAAAUGAUUACUUCGAGUUUUUGUUAGGGAAGUUUAUAUAUUGAAGUUUUGAAGUCUCAGUCUCUGAUCUUUGUCAGAGUCUUGUGUAUUACAGAAUUUAGUCAUAUCACCAGCACCAGCUAUGGAUUUUACGAGUGUUAAAUAUUUUUGUAUCAGAUAGAAAGUUAUGUUUGUUUUGAAUCCAAUGAUGCACCCAAACCAUUGUCU